UUUACACUGUACCCUCCCAAAUAGGGUAGUUUUUAUCCCUUGAUAAUCCUAAAUUUUGGGGGGUAAUUUUUAACUCUUUUCAAAUUACCCCUGCAGAACGUUACCCAUUAAUGAUUUACCCCUUUAAAUUAUACCCACAAAAACCGGGGCAUUCUGUGUAACUUUUAGAGCCCCUUACAUUAUAGGGUAGUUUUUACUCCCGAAAAUUUACAGUGUACGCAGGCUAGGAAUAAAGAAACCCCGUUAUUUGGAGAUACCGUCAUUUAUUCUUCUCUUGUUUAACAUCUCUUUCCUUUCACCUUCUCCAUAUAACCUGACUUCAAUUAAAUCAUUAGGUGCAGUGAUUUGUGGACGUCAUUUUCGUAAUCCUGUUUCACUAUCCAAAUUGAUCAUGGAGCAAUCACCUCAUUGUGCCUUAUGUGGAGAUGGAGCUCUGGAAUUUGCUAUGGAAAAAAACUUUCCUAUUUGUGAUCCCGAAGACCUAAAAAGCCCAUACGCUAUUGUAAUUAACCACACAGAUUUCAAGGAGUAUGUAAAGCAUCACUAUAUGGGAAAUCCAGUAAACGAUCACCCAGACGACCGAGAGACCAACCACACUGUAUCUGCUGCUGCUAUGGAUGGACAAAAUGCAAAGGUUAGGUUUUGUAAUUGUAAUUUUGAAAACCAUCACUAUAAGAGAAAUCCAGUAGAAGCUCGCCCAGACGAAGAAGUUGUUUAUAAUAUGAUAAAUGGACAAAAUGCGCAGGUUAAGUUUUGUAAUUGUAAUUUUUUAAAUCAUCACCACAAGGGAAAUCCAAUAGAAGCUUGCCCAGACGAUCCAGAGACCAACGACACUGUAUCUGCUGUUGCUAUGGAUGCCAUGGGCCACUUAGCGUGUGCGACGUCAACAGGUACAUGCAAAACUUCACUUCUGAACAUUCGUUUUAACUUGGAAAUCAUGUAAUAAUGUAAUCAAUUAACGAAUUCGUCAUCAACAGCAACAUAACGAUCCUCAUCAUCAGAAGCAUGAACAACAGCAGCAACAACAGCUACAACAACAGCUACAACAUCAGCUACAACAUCAGCUACAACAUCAGCUACAACAACAGAAGCUGCAAGGGAAAAAAACAACAACAAAAUGGCAACAACAUGCAAAACAGUUAUAAAAACAGCGAAAAUAGCAACAAAAACAUUACAACAACAACAACAAUAACAACAUCAACAGUCGACAACAACAGAAAAACAACAGCAACAACAGCACAAAAGAAAAAUCAACAGCGGCAUUAAUAACAACAACAAAAUUACCACCACAACAACUACAACAAGAAAACAACAAAAACAACAACAACAACAACAACAACAACAACAACAACAACAACAACAACAGCAGUAAAGGCAGCAGUAGUAACGGCAGAGAAUAGCAGAAACAGCCACAAUUUUUUAUUUAGGUGGUAUAGCAGGAAAAUUGAAAGGUCGUGUCGGUGAUGCUCCGUUGGUUGGUUGCGGAGGUUACGCAAAUAAAAUGGGAGGUGCAACAACAACUGGAGUUGGAGAGGCGAUAAUGAAACUGACUUUAGCAAGAGAAGUUGUUUAUAAUAUGGAAAAUGGAAAAAAUGCACAGGUUAGAUUUUGUAACUGCAGUAUAAUUCUAUUUCCCAGCUACAAAACAACGAAGAAUGCAAUCAUUCAUAUCGGACGACGCAAGUGCAUAAAUAUCCGUUGUGUUAAAUUGUGCAAGAUGCAGGCAUAAUGCAGCGCGGUAAACGCUUGUUGUUACACAUUAUAUUUUGGCCUGCAGAUAUGCUUUAUACCAAUUCUCAUUGUUUAUUGUCGACGGUGACUGUUGGAGAGAGCCGUAGCUAACUCUAAUGGUUAAUGGUGGCCCAGAUAAAAAGUUUCGGGCGGAUCUAUAAAUUUCAGAAUAAUAGUGUUCUGAAUGCUUAUUACACGGAGAUUGAAGUCCAUCAGUUUACGGUUGAUAAUAAAACGCUUGGUAAAUAAAAAAUAGCUUAUAAAAAACGAAAUAAAAAGUCUUCAGAGUGAAACAAUACAAAUAUUUAAAUGGGCGCUAAAAGGGUGGAAGGGAGGGGAACACCCCACAGUCAUCAAGUAGUCGGCAAAAUAUUGAAUCCCAGUCGGCAAAUUUUAAAUAAAUUUGAAUAAAUGCCAAUCAGUUGUCAAGAUCUUAAUUUUAUCAGCUGCUCUGUAUAAAUAUUGCAUCAGGGUAUAUGUUACGACUUAGUAGUGUUUACGAUUGACGUACAGGGUAAAAAGAGUUUCUUGACUACUUUUUCGCACUGUUGUGACAGAGCAACUAAAAUUGAUAAUCGAAGAUUUUUUAUAUUACCUUCUGUUUUGCCAUAGGAAUCUGCAAGAAAUGCUUUGGACAAAAUGGAAGAAUUUGACGAUGGAUUUGGUGGUGUAAUUGCGAUUGACAAAAACGGAAACUUUGGUAAGGCCUUCAAUACUAUUAAAAUGGUUUGGGCAAGCAUCAAGGACAACACUUUGGAAUUUGGUAUGGAACAAGAUGAAGUUGACACUGAACAAUUAUAGAUAAUAAACAUAAAUAAGAGUGCAUGAAAUCUGGAUUAUACUCACCGUUUUGACAUUACGCUUUCAAGAACGUUAACUGAUAUUUUACUAAUUUAUUUAAUAUUUACUUCUAAUUGUGCAACAUUAAGAUUUAUCACAGCAGUUUUUAAUUGCAUUAAUAAUUUAAAGUGAUUUUGAUGUAAUAUAAUCUUUAAAAAUUUCUUAGUAUAACAUUAUGUACAUUUUAAUCUUGUAAAUUACGCAAUUCAGCUUCGGGCUGCUGUACAUGUGUAAUUUGUUUUCAAUAAACUAUUAAUCUAUAAUGUAUCUAACUAUCACAAUGUUUUUAUCUUAAGAAUGUCUAUGGUAUGGGAAACAGACUAUUUCUGACACAGGAAAGCGUAGUUUCAAACAAUAAAGAAAAACAAU